GUCCAUUGCAUGUGGUAGUUGAUUCCAAUUGGAUCGCGAUGAGGAAAUACAAAACGUUCACAAACAUAAGUUACAUCAAACUUGGGUAAUUGUGACCUGAGGUCCUGAAUUCUACUCAAAAUGUGUUCCAUUCCUGGACUGCCAACUCCAGGAUCCCAAGUCACAGUUCUCAUUACAAGGGUAAACCUAAAUCCUAUCUGUGCUCUAGUGGAAUUGUGGGGCAACUUUGAUCAAGAAAGGCAACAUGCUUACCAGCAAAUGAGAAGGGGAAUUCAGAUUCCCAGACAGAGCUUUUGUGAAUCAGAGGGAAACCCUGGAGACUUGUGUCUAGCUCAUCUGAAUGUAACCUGGCACAGAGCUAGGAUAAUAUCAAGACAUGGGCAGCUUUACAAUGUGUUUCUCAUUGAUGAAGGGAGAGCUCAUGUUGCUACAAACAGCACCUUAGCAUGGGGUCAGAAUGACUGUUUUCUUUUACCUCCAGAAGUGGAGUUCUGUGUUCUUGCCAAUGUGUCCCCCUUAUCCCAUGAAAACAAAUGGACUCCAACAGCCUCAGAGUUUUUGGAGUCUCUUUGUGGCAAAACGGUCAAUGGAAUGGUUCAGGAUGUAUUGAUGCCAGACAGAACAGUCCUCCUUUAUAUUCCGAUCGUUAACAAACAUAUGUGCGAAGUCGGCUUUGCCAGAAAGCUCCCCAGUGACACAUUCAAACAACUUGUUCUAUCGUCUCUGAACUUGCCAAAGAGUCAAGUUGCCUCGACAGAGGCAUUGCCUCCUACAGUGUCACACAAACAGCCUGAUGCUGGGAGAGAACUUGAGAAGUUUCAACAAUACUUCUAUCCAGAACUGCUAACAGACUCCAUUGAGACUGUGGAAGUCACAGAGGUGAUAAACCCACAGCGUAUCUUCUGCAAACUCUCAAUUUUCUCUCAGGAGCUGAAGAAACUCUCUGAGCAUAUUCAUGACUACUACGAAGGAAGAUCUGCUUUUUGCAAGGCAACACAACUGGCCUCAGGCGCUCCAUGUGCAGCUAGAGGGAGCGAUGGCAAGUGGUAUCGAUCUGUGCUACAGCAGGACAUUGGAUCAGACAGUGCUGUGGAAGUACUACAUGUGGAUUAUGGGAAGACAGACUUUGUCCAUGUGGGUGACAUCAGACCACUGGCUGCCAAGUUCUUCAGAAUGCCAGUUGUAACUUAUGUCUGCUCCCUCCACGGUAUUGAGGACAAAGGCCUUGGAUGGACAGUGGAUGAAAUAAAGUAUCUGAAAUCUGUGCUGCUGCACAAGACUGUCAUCGCCAAAUUUGAAUACCACAACUUGUCAGAAGGCAUCAACUGUGUGACACUCUAUGGAGACGACAAUGUAAACAUCAACAAGCUUUUUGGAGUGAAGGAGAGAUGUCUUCUGGAGUCUGAGAGGCCUCCACCACGAGUCAAAGAGGAAAGCUUUGCCACAGACAUACACAACAGUGUGCCUCCCCUUACCACGCCACACUCUCCCUCAGCAACAGAGACUGUCCUCAAUGAACAUUUGUUCCAGGUAGGAAGCACCUUGGAGGUCAAAGUAUCUUGUAUUGAAAGUCCGGCAAAAUUCUGGUGCCAGAUGGCACAAGAGGGUACAAGUCUUCAGAUCCUUAUGCAAGAAAUGCAGCAUCGUUAUGCCUCCAGUUCUCCACAGCAAAUUGAUGAAGACAUUUGUGUUGCUCUACAUCAUGACAAUGGUAUGUGGUACAGAGCACGGAUCGUUGAGAAUGAUCAGUCUCCCCAUGUAGAGGUGCGUUUCUUAGAUUACGGACAAACCAGGAGGGUCUCUCUGCAGGACCUGCGCCCCCUGGACCCAGUGUUUCGAAGACUGAAGACCCAGGCCUUUCAGUGUUUCCUGCAGAAUCUGAACACUCCUACAAGUCCUGUUCCAGCAGAAUGGAGUGAUGCUGCCUCAUCGGAGUUCCAGAAGUUUGUAGAUUCCACUGCUGACUCAAAUGUAGGAUUGAAAUGCACUGUACAUGCAGUCAUGCGUGACAACCAAGGCUUGGUGGUUAAUAUGGUAGAUAUUGAAACACCAGUUCAAAGCGCAUGCAAACUACUGGUUCAGAAAGGAGUAAAGGCCCCAGCUCCUCCACUUUCUUCUGCCCCACCCGACACGGAAAACUUCUCAUUACACAAUAUUGAAGUUGGAGGAAAAGAGAAGGUGUGGAUAACGAGUGCAAAAAGUGUUUCUCACUUCUAUGGCCAGCUUGAAAGAAAUUCUGGUGUGAUUGACAAAUUGACAAAAGAUCUUCAGCAUUUCUGCCACCAGCCACUGCAGAGCACAAACUGUCCUCAAUCACUAGAAACUGUUUGUUUAGCUAAAUACACUGAUAACCAGUGGUACAGAGGACAGAUUAAAGCAACACAUCCAACCCUUCAGGUUCACUUUGUGGAUUAUGGUGACACAGUUGCAGUGGGUCAAUCAGAUAUCCUUCCCUGCCCUGUGGAAGCCGGCUCGCUCAUGUCAGUUCCUGUGCAAGCUGUUCCGUUUGGACUCUUCGGUGUUCCAGAAGAUGUAUCCCAAGAGGUCAACCGCUGGUUUGAAAAGCAUGCCACGGACCUGAGCUUUACCAUCACAGCGGUGGCUAAAGACUCUGGUGGAAAGCUUUUAGUUGAACUGUAUGACGGAACGACACAUGUAAAUGAGAAGGUCAGAGAGAAGCUGAAAGAGGCGAGACCAGGAAAAGAAAUAACUUUUGUCCAAUCGCCUUCUCUGAGCUCUAAACUAUCAACUACUAAAUUGAGUUUGCCAGAAAGUGUGCAAAUGCCAACAUCUCAGGAUGUGAGGAGAACGGUAAUAAUGCACAGUACCACUGCAAUGUGUUUCGCAUCUCCACAAAGAAAAGUUGGACAGUCUACUCCUCAGCAGUCACUGUUGGACAAUACACCUGAAAUGAAGCCUAUGGUUGAACAUGGUGGACAGAUGUGUAGUUUUUCCAAACUCACAGACCUUCCUUCAAGACCCUUGAAACCAGGGUUGGUAACAGAGGUGUAUGUUUCACACUGCAACAGCCCCUCCAGUUUCUUUAUUCAGUUGACAAAGGAUGAAGAUGAUAUAUUCUCUCUUGUGGAGAAACUAAAUGGCUCACCGUCAUUUUGUGAUGCCCCUCCAGUUGACUUGAACGAACUGCAGCUCGGUGACUUGGUGAAUGCAGAGUAUCCUGAAGACAGCUCAUGGUAUCGUGCAGUUGUUAGGCGCAAACCUGGGAAUGGAACCGUUCAUGUUGAAUUCAUAGACUUUGGAAAUGAAGCAACUAUUCCAUCUCUGAAAGUCAAACAACUCGACAAGCAGUUCAUAGAAUAUCCCAGGCUCAGUAUUCACUGUGUACUUGGAAGAAUAACUAAUGCUAACAACAAAGAGAUAUGGGAUGAAGAUGUCACAAUGAUGUUCAAAAAGGCUACAACAACAGAAAACGCUGAGAAGAAACUGGCAUGCACAUUCAUGAAGGAGACCGGAUCAGUUUGGGAGGUCAGUCUAGAAGAUCAAGGUAUUGUGUUGGCACAUUCCUUAGUUGAAGCUAGUCGAACAGUCAGAGCAGAUGUAUCACAACUGUCUUGUUCAGGUGAAAACCCGAUUCCCCUGCUGUACAAGAAGCCAUGCAUUUCCCAGAACCAGGCUUUAGAUGUCUAUGCAUCCUCUAUAGUUGGACCUAACUACUUCUGGUGCCAACAUGCAAACUCUGAGGAGCUAUACAGGAUCUCAAGAAUUGUUCAAGAGUUUGUAGACUCUGCGCUGCAGGACCCUGUCCCCAUGGAUACCCUGAGCCCCAGAAGUCCUUGUCUGGCUCUCUUUGCAGAAGACAACCAAUGGUAUCGAGCUCGGAUCAUUCGCAAAACUAGUGAUCUUUUCACUGUUCUUUUUGUGGACUAUGGAAAUGAGUCCGAAGUUGAUCUUAAGGCGAUAAGGUCAGUUCCACCUCUGCUCCUAGAGAGCGCCCCACAGGCCUUCCUGUGUUCUCUGGCUGGAGUUGAGCACCCAGAAGGUGCCUGGGAUAACAACGCUGUUGAUGGGUUUUAUCAGCUUGUAGUCGACAAACCACUGAAAGUUACAGUUCAGAAUAUGUAUAAUAAUCUGGAAAGUCUCACCCCACAAUACCAGGUCAAAGUGGAGUGUGAGGAGCAUGUUAUCAACGACUUGAUGCGAAGUUACUGGCAUUGCUCUGAUUCGCACGUCCACAGCAAAACCGAGUGCGCUGACGAGCUCUUCUCCUCUGACGUGACUGUUUCAAAUGAAACCUUGAACCUGUCUGGGUAUAAAUGUCUUACACAAGAAACAACUCCAAAAUUGAAUUCCACUGAGGUUCCAAUGAUGGAUAUAUCACCAAGCACCACGCAAUGUUCAGGAGACAAUCUGGCAGUCAGGACAAUCUGUUAUGAUGGUCUUGCAGGAGUCUCCUCAAGUGGAUCCAAUGUACCUUCCGAGAGUGUCCCCAAACUUGAAAAUCUUCCAACACGAUCAAUAAAACCAGGUUGGGUAGCAGAUGUCUAUGUUUCACAAUGCAACAGUCCAUCAAGUUUCUUUGUUCAAUUAGUAGAGGAUGAAAAGUAUCUGUUCUCUCUUGUGGAAAGACUCAAUUCUGACCAAUCAGAUGGUGUUGCACGCAAGAACGUUGCCAAUCCGCAGCCAGGGGAUCUGGUGAAUUCUGAGUUUCCAGAUGACCAUUCCUGGUAUCGUGCAGUCAUUCUAGGAACAAAUGGAGAAGACAAAGUUAAUGUGCAAUACAUAGACUUUGGUAAUGAAGCAUCCGUUUCACCCCUCAAGGUUUGCAGGCUGGACGCCCAGUUCCUGGAGCACCCAAGAUUUAGCAUCCAUUGUUCUUUAAGUGGACUUGCGGACACUAAAGACAAAGGAUUGGAGCAGGAAAUUAGUUGCCAGGUCAAAAAAGUUGCAAAUGCGGACAGUGCGAGAAAAUUGGAAUGCAAGUUCAUCAAAGAGACUGGAUCCACUUGGGAGGUCUGUCUGGACAAGAACAUCGUACUAGCAGAUUCACUAUAUCUGGGUUGUUCAGCUGGAGAAUCUACUCACCUUGACCAACAAAGCCCAAGUUCUGGAUCUUUGCCAUCCCAGAUGGAGAGGAGUCACAGAGAGCAUACUACACUGCUGCAAUUCUGGAAACCUGAUAUGUUCCUGGGACAGACUUUGGAUGUGUACGCCUCCUCCAUAGUUGGCCCUGGUUAUUUCUGGUGCCAGUAUGCAAACUCUGAGGAGCUUGCUGAAAUCUCUAAAGUUUGUCAGCUCAUUGGAAACUCUGAGCAGAAGGACACAGUCCUCAUGACUACCCUGAGCUCUGGAAGUCUUUGUCUGGCUCUCUUUGCCGAAGACGAGCAAUGGUAUCGAGCUCAGAUUGUUAGCAAAACGGAUGUUAUCUCUGUUGUCUUUGUGGAUUAUGGAAAUGAGUCCGAAACUGAUUUGAAGUCUUUGAAGUCUGUUCCACUUCAGCUACUAGAAUUCCCUCCUCAGGCCUUUCUGUGUUCCCUGGCUGAAUUUGAGAACUCAGAAGGCAGCUGGGAUGACAAUGCCCUUGAUGGAUUCUAUGAGCUCCUUGCUGAUAAGCCGCUGAAAGUGACAGUUCAGAAAAUGGAUAAUAAUAACAAGCUACCCGUUCCUCAAUACCAAGUGAAAGUAGAGUGUGAGAAGCUGAUUGUGAAUGACUUCAUGAAGAAUUGCUGGAGAAGCUCCCCCACCGAGUCUCAACCAGAAGAGGCGGCUAAUCAUUGUAGCUGGCAACUGGCAGAAUCUGAUGAUUGAAACUGGUUUGGUCAGAUUUUGGUCCUAAUUUGCAGCAAGACUUUAGAAGUGAUGAAGGGGAGAUUGUGUAUGUUAGCACAUUGUAGACAUUUAUGGCUGCAAACAAAUCUACAGGGGUGGCAGGUAGCCUAGUGGUUAAGAGCGUUUUGUCAGUAUCCGAAAGGUCGCUGGUUCGAAUC